AUGCGACUUUUGAAGUUCGACGAUCAUGGUGAGCUCAGCCUGACCAAAGACUUGAUCGACAAUAUUCCACGCUACGCGAUCCUCUCCCAUACAUGGGGAGCAGAUGACGAAGAAGUGACCUUCAACGAUCUAAAAUAUGGAUCUAGCCAGCGCAAGGCCGGCUAUGAAAAGAUCCACUUCUGUGGAGAACAAGCUCAGAAAGACGGGCUACAGUACUUCUGGGUGGACACAUGUUGUAUCGAUAAAGCCAAUCAUGCCGAACUCGCUGAAGCUAUUGUCUCGAUGUAUCGCUGGUACCGCGACGCAGAAAAAUGCUAUGUAUACCUCGCAGACGUUUCGGUGGAGGUUGUUGACAAGAACAGCCAGCCCCAGCGGACAUGGGAGGCAGAUUUUCGGAGAAGCCGGUGGUUCACACGCGGAUGGACGCUUCAAGAACUUCUUGCUCCGAAGACAGUGGAGUUCUUCUCGCGAGAACGAAAGUGGCUUGGUGAUAAACAUACCCUCGAGCGCUUGAUCCACGAGACGACCGAGAUCCCUCUCACAGCACUCCGCGGCGUCCCUUUGCUUACGUUCAGCGUGGAGGAGCGGAUGCGAUGGGCUGCGAAACGGGACACCAAGAGAAAGGAAGACAAGGCAUACUGCCUACUGGGGAUUUUUAACGUGUUCAUGCCUCCGAUCUACGGUGAAGGAGACCAUGCAUUCAUUCGACUCCAAAGCGAGAUCGACAAGCUCUCAGGGGCGCAGGUCGACUCGAACAAGGUUUCCGAUGUUCGACAUGCUCGGCCGAUCUGGUAUAUCCCCUUUAGCCAGACGUCAGAAUUUGUUGGACGCACAUGUCAGCUUCGACGUCUUAAGCGAAAGAUUGAGGAACUCGGCAGCAGCCAAAUCGUGUCCAUCCUCGGUUUAGGAGGCGUGGGCAAAAGUCGUUUAGCGUUGGAGCUAGUCUACCAAAUCCGUUCAGAACACCCACAGUACUCGCACUUCUGGAUCGAGGCGACAGAUCGGUUAACGUUUGAAAGGGAUCUGCUUGAAAUCGGGAAGAAGCUUGGAAUUCCAGGGAUUGAAGAUGCCAAGGCCGACGUCAAAACGCUGGUUAAGCAAUGGCUCAACCAUCCAGAGGAAAGAUGGCUCUUGAUCCUCGAUAACGCUGACGAUGAGGCAUUAUGGGGAAGGAGAUCCGAUCCCACCGAUGGGAAGUCCACAGCCGCAGAGUGGUUACCAACACUAACUAAUGGCACCAUCAUCAUCACCACCCGAUCACGACGUGUGGCUAGCCAUCUCGCCGGGAAAGAGGUGAUUGAAUUGACGGCGAUGUCACCGGAGGAAGCGAGGACCAUGUUCAAGAAUGCUUUGGAGAAACCAGAGAUUGCCGCAGACGAGAACGAAACGACCAUCCUGCUCGACAAGCUGACUUACCUCCCACUGGCUAUCUUCCAGGCUGCCUCUUACAUGAACAUGACCCAAGAGCCUUUGGCAACUUACCUAGAACUCAUGGACAAACCCGAAGAAGAAGUGGUCGAGUUACUGAGUGAAGAUUUUGGCGAUCGAUCUCGAUAUUCUAGUGCCCAUAAUCCGGUCGCCACCACCUGGCUUAUCUCGUUCAAUCGAAUUCGCGAAUACCACCCAUUAGCUGCACAGUUUCUCAGCUCGAUGGCUUGCCUUCGUGAAAAAAGUAUUCCAGAGUCUCUGCUGCCGGAAGUCGACUCCAGGAAAGAUGCUAUUGGUGCCCUUGCCACGCUGAAGGGAUACUCCUUUGUGACGAGGCAGACAGGGAACGACGGUCGGAUAAACCAUGAAGCGUUGUAUGACAUGCAUCGACUGGUCUAUCUUGCUGCACGAAGUUGGCUAAGGAAACAAGGUAAACUUCGUGAUUGGCAGAAGGCCUGCAUUAUACGACUCGCCGAGCUAUUCCCUCAGAGAGACUAUCAGUACAAAAAUGUUUGGACGGCUUAUCUACCACACGCUCAGAGACUCUGUGAAGAAAGCGAGACUGAGGAUUUUCCUAAGCGGUACCGGCUCCUCGAAAAGAUGGGUCUAUGUCUCAUUGCCGAUGGGAAGUUCGGUGAAGCCGUGGACGCCCAUCGCGCAGUAGUGCACUGGAGGGAGAAGAAGUUGGGAAUUUCCGAUGAGGAGACAUUGCGCGCCUAUAAUAAUCUUGGGGAGGCAUUGAACUGGAAGGGUGAUCACCAUGUGGCGGAGAAGUACCUUCAAAAGGCUCUUCAGCUACAGGAAAUCCUUGGGCCGGAGCAUCCCGACACGCUGACUAAUAUAGAUAACCUAGCGUCGACGUACUGGAAUCAAGGCCGAUGGAAGGAGGCAGAGGAGCUGGAGGUGCAAGUGAUGGAAACGAGCACGAGAGUGCUCGGGGCGGAACAUCCCGACACGCUGACUAGUAUAGGUAACCUAGCGUCGAUGUACCGGGAUCAAGGCCGAUGGAAGGAGGCGGAGGAGCUGGAGGUGCAAGUGAUGGAAACGAGGACGAGAGUGCUCGGGGCGGAGCAUCCCAACACGCUGACUAGUAUAGCUAACCUAGCGUCGACAUACUGGGGUCAAGGCCGAUGGAAGGAGGCGGAGGAGCUGGAGGUGCAAGUGAUGAAAACGAGGACGAGAGUGCUCGGGGCGGAGCAUCCCUAUACGCUGACCAGUAUAGCUAACCUAGCGUCGACGUACCGGGAUCAAGGCCGAUGGAGGGAGGCGGAGGAGCUGGAGGUGCAAGUGAUGGAAACGAGGACGAGAGUACUCGGGGCGGAGCAUCCCGACACGCUAAUUAGUAUAGGUAACCUAGCGUUAACGUACCAGUAUCAAGGCCGAUGGAAGGAGGCGGAGGAGCUGGGGAUGCAAGUGAUGGAAACGAGGACGAGAGUGCUCGGGGCGGAGCAUCCCCACACGCUGAACAGCAUGGCUAACCUGGCGCACACGCUCAAAAACCAGAAUCGCGGUGACGAAGCUACAUGGUUGAUGGCUUCCUGCGUGGAAAUAAGGCAAAGGGUCCUCGGCGCUUCGCACCCCCACACCCAAAGCGCAGAGCAGACGUUGAGGGCAUGGCUCAGUGCGGACGAUGACACGGACUCAACAGAUCCAGAGGCCCAGAGUGUCGACGACCCCUGGAUGAUGCCAGGAGCCUGGGUUGAAUGA